AUGGUCGCCACAGCGAGAUCGAGCCGAUCCUUUACCCCUAGAAAGACUGCGACGGCGACACUUCCAUCAAAGAAACCUGCAAAACAGAAUGCAAGCAUCCUUAGCUUUUUCCAGAAGACCCAACGACCAGAAGACUCUCUCUUUAUUGAGGCCACAUCCGAUGCUGCUACCCAGGACGAGGACAUAUACGGUCGUGAUGACGAAUAUCGGUUCAAUGAGUCGAUAUCCAACAAAAAGAGAAGAAUGAGCAAUGAUGCUCCUGCAUUUCGAAAAAUUGACAAUGCUGUCCUCGCAGAGGUCCAUGCUGAUGAAACCUUGGACAAUUGUAAAGCGGACAGCAGUGCCAAAUCUCGACUCAAUCUUCCGUUCAUCGUGGACUCUGAUAGUGACGAGGGGCAUGAGAGCAGCGAUGAGGACGAUAGUGGUAAUCAAGAUGGAGUACCUACUCCUAUUUCUCCGCAGCCAGAGACAUCGUCUGUGCAAGGUACCCGUAAACAUACAAGCCCAGGUCGGCCAAAGUCCAAAGAUGGCCCAAAUGUACGAUGCCAAAGUCCCGAGAAGAUGCUGGAUUCUAACGAACAAGACCAAAAAUACCAACUGUUUGCAGACCCCGAGAACUUUGGCGACAUAGAUGAUUUGAACUUUACAGAGUUUGAAGGCGAGGAAAUGCGGGAGAUGAGAUACAUGCGGGAACAAGCUCGACUGGAAGCUCAGGAAGCAGGAACAGCCAUACCUGAAGAUUUCGGUCAAGAUUCUUUUCAAGAUGAUUCUGCGGCUCAGACAUGUCCAAUCUGCAAUGGGAGUCUUCAAGGCGUCUCAAUGGACGAAGCGACCAAACACGUCAACUCAUGUCUCGACGGCAAUCCGAUACCCUUACCGGAACACGAGCCCCCAACAGCUGCAUCGCCACCGCCUGAGAUUGAAGCUACGGUAAUAAGCAAACGAUUUGCACGGGCCGCAAUCCCACGACCCGGACAGGCAGACCCUUUUGAGUCAGAAAAUGACGGAAAGGGGGCAAAGUCUGCUUUUUCAAAGCUCAUGUCAAAUAAAGCCGAAGAUUCCGCCUGGGUGGCGGCAGCGGCAGCCGAGAACGCUUCAAGGGGUCGUCCAGCCUACGAGAGAACAUGUCCAUUUUAUAAAAUCAUACCCGGGUUUAACAUUUGCGUUGAUGCUUUCCGAUAUGGGGCUGUAAAGGGAUGUGAGGCGUACUUCCUCAGUCACUUUCAUAGCGACCACUAUAUCGGCCUGACAGCAAACUGGAUGCAUGGGCCAAUAUAUUGCAGCAAGGUGACCGGAAGCUUAGUGAAGCAGCAACUUGGAACUGCUGCAAAAUGGGUAGUAGAAUUAGACUUUGAGAAAUCCUACGAUGUUCCAGGAACAGUCGGCGCCACGGUCACCAUGAUACCGGCCAACCAUUGCCCCGGCAGCUCACUAUUUCUCUUUCAGAAGCCUGCCGACAACAACACCAAUAGUCGAGGCAAGCGGAUUCUUCACUGUGGCGACUUCCGAGCUUGCCCAGCUCACGUAACCCAUCCACUUAUCAAACCAGACAUUCAAGAUGCAAUCACAGGCAAGCUGAGCCAGCAAACCAUUGACAUAUGCUAUUUGGAUACCACGUACCUUAACCCGAGAUAUUCAUUCCCACCACAGGCUGACGUCAUCAAAGCCUGUGCCGAUUUGUGCGCAUCACUAUCUCCAGAUCCUACCUGUAAAGAUGACUUUUGGGAGAAGGGUGCCAAGGAAAAAGGGACGCAAGCAGUCAGCAAGUAUUUUCAAAGUACCACGAAAAGUAACGACGCCGUCGAGGCCAAGACAUCAUCCAAGUUGGGCCAACGACUUCUCGUAAUCUGCGGCACCUAUUCCAUUGGAAAGGAGCGAAUAUGCGUCGCAAUUGCCAAGGCAUUGAAGAGCAAGAUAUUCGCCAUUCCCCGUAAAAGAAAAAUCUGCAAACAGCUCGACGACCCAGAAUUAGCCGGACUCCUCACGUCCAAUCCUGUGGAAGCCCAAGUUCACAUGCAGUCACUCAUGGAAAUUCGCGCAGAGACUCUGCAAGAAUAUCUGAAUGGCUACAAGGGGCACUUUAGUCGUAUCGUGGGGUUUCGCCCCAGUGGCUGGAACUACCGACCUCCAAAUAGCAAGCAAAUGUCAGCUGAUGCCUCGCCAACUAGCAUACAAACACAACAGAUCCUCCAUGGCAAGGGUUGGAGAUCGAGGUUUGGUUAUAAAGAUUUUGUCGCGCAGAGGGGCAGCACCAAGGAAGCCAUGUGUUUUGGAGUUCCUUACUCGGAACAUAGUAGUUUUCGAGAGCUCGCCAUGUUUAUAAUGAGCUUGAGGAUAGAAAAAGUCAUCCCUACGGUGAAUGUAGGCAGUGAGCAGUCGAGAAAGAGAAUGAAGGGAUGGCUGGACCGGUGGGCAUCUGAGAGACGGCGGGGUGGUCUUCUUCAGCCCUUAAUAGAAGGAAAGGAUGAUCCUGAAGACGAGAAGAUGUGCUUGUGGGGAGAUAAGUCUGGGAAAGGAGGAGGGGCCUGGUGGUAA